AAACAAGAACCCUAACCAUAACCAUAGAUAGUUAGAUACAUCAUCGUACAACUCUUUUUCCUAAAUCUCAAGAGUUCACUCCUCGUAUCAGGAUUCUUUCCUUUCCCUUCCCGUAAAACAAGUCAAGUUUCUGCGGCGGAAUCACCAGGGUUAGGCCUCAACGGACAUCUUUCUCCGAAGAUUGGGGGAGCAUUUUCAGAUGAGCUACUCACUGGAUCAGAAUUCCACUGAUUAUCAGCAUGGAAGCAGAGGUGUGGAGGUAUUUGUUGGGGGUUUAGCUCGUUCUCUGAAUGAAGACAAGGUUCGAAAGGUAUUUGCUGCUUGUGGAGAAAUUACAGACAUGCGCUUGAUAAAGGAUCAAAAUGGCAUCCUAAAGGGAUUCGGCUUUGUACGCUUUGCAACAAAAGAAGCUGCUGACAAAGCUCUGAAGGAGUUAUCUGGAUCUAUGCUAGAAGGUAAAAAGAUUGGUGUUCUUCCAUCAGCUGCACAGGAUACAUUAUUUUUAGGAAACCUUAACAAAGGGUGGAGUGCUGAUGAUUUUAAUAAAGUUGUACGCCAGGUUUUUCCAGAUGUUGUUUCAAUUGAUCUUGCAAUGCCCCAAAGUGGUAGUGAGGCAACGAGUAAAAAAUUUAAAAAUCGUGGUUUUGCUUUCGUGAAGUUCUCAUCUCAUGCUACUGCAGCACGUGCGUUUAGGGCUGGAUCAAAGCCAGAUUUUGUUCUUGGUGGUACUUUACAUCCAUCUGUUCAAUGGGUUGAAGAGGAUCCUGAAGUAGAUCCGGAUGAACUUGCUAAGAUAAAAAUAGCAUUUGUUAGAAAACUACCCUCAACUAUCGAUGAAGGCUACUUAAAGAAACUCUUCAUGCCUUUUGGGAAGGUAGAAAAAGUGGUGGUGUCCAGCAAGGGAGAUUCUUCAGUUGGAUUUGUUCAUUUUUCUCAAAGAUCACACCUUGAUAAUGCCAUAGAGGGACUAAAUGAAAAAAUAGUUCCAGGACCAAAAGGUGGGCCAUCAAUUAAAAUUCAGGUUGAAGUUGCAAGACCUAUGGACAAAAAAAGAAAAAGGGUUCAUGAAGAUUUUCAAAACACUCAGCCUCGUGAUAAUUUAAAUAAACCCAGACCACAAAAUCACGACCCAUACUUGAAUUCAUUUGAUGGUCAUGAAGAGACACUUCAAAAGGAAGCUGUUGUCGAUCCCCAUGAAGCUGCUGUUCUUUUGUUACCAGUAGCUGUCAGAGAGCGGUUACUUCGAAUUUUACGCCUCGGUAUUGCCACUCGAUUCGAUAUCGAAGUUGAAUCCCUAUCUAAUCUAGCAGAAUUACCUGAAUCCAUGGCCAUAUCAGUUCUUGAUCAGUUCAUGUUAUCAGGAGCAGAGAAACAUGACAAAGGAGGCUAUCUUGCAGCCCUAAUUUCUAGGUACCAGGUGGACAAAUUUGGAGCCAAUCAACAACCUUCAAGUUUAUCAAGAUUAAGAGAACCAGUAAGGGCCCACCUUCCAUCUGUUGACUCUCUUCCCUAUGUUGACCCAAGCAGCAGGGGUGACAGUUAUACAUCCCGUUAUUCUACAUUAUAUUCAGAUUAUCGUCUACCGAGUCGACCGGGUAUGGUAAAAACAGAAGACAGAAGUCCUAUACAGUUGCAUGAAUUGCCUGGUUCUUCUUCUUCUUCUUCUUAUGGUAAAUAUUUAGUAAACUCACAUAUUCCAACAGCUUAUGGAAACAUGGAGGAAAUGAGCCCGGUCCAAUCCCACCAAAUCCCGGGCCCAUCUUUUGCAAAACCUUCACAAGAUCCAUACAGCAGAAUACCGGGUCCUAUCCCGACUUUAUCUUUUUCAAAAAGUGGCCCGAGCCCGGAUCCUCAAAUUAAUGAUAGGCCAGGAAGUAGACCACAAAUGAGAUUUGACCCGUUUACGGGUCAACCGUAUAAGUUUGACCCGUUUACGGGUGAGCCGAUUGUUCCGGAAAGUUUGGCCCGUCGUUAUGACAGCCCGUAUUGAUGGGGAGAUGUCAAUUGAUGGUUGUUUAUGGUCUGUUAGAUUUUACAGCAGAAUUAAGCAAUGCAAUGUACAUUAAUUAAUGGAUCUUGUUCAUCAUUCUUGCGACUUGUCUUGUUAAUGUUAUCAAAGGGAUCGGUCAUAAAAAUGGGGGGAAUGCAUGAAUAUUGGUUUAUUACCUAAUUAAUGUCUAUGAGUAAGAUUAGCUGUAACAUUGUAAUUUGAAUGUUUUUGUUUAAUGAUAAAUCAUAAUUCUUUGCGGAAAAGAUAA